UGUGGAGAAGCCCUGGAUACCACUAAUUGAGGGAGUGAAGACGGUGCCGGCCGGCAGCCGACCGACUGCGGCUUCGUGACUGCCUCGUGACUGUCCAGACCCGAGCAGCAUGACCCUUGCGGCCUACAAGGAGAAGAUGCGGGAGCUCCCGCUGGUGUCCCUGUUCUGCUCCUGCUUCUUGGCCGACCCCCCGAACCAGUCCUCCUACACGUACGAAGGCUGGUGCGGGAGACAGUGUCGGAGGAAAGAUCAGAGCCAGCGGAAGGAGAGUGCGGACUGGAGGGAGAGAAGAGAGCAGGCUGACACGGUGGACUUGAACUGGUGUGUCAUUUCUGACAUGGAAGUCAUUGAGCUCAACAAAUGCACCUCGGGGCAGUCCUUCGAGGUCAUCCUGAAGCCGCCCUCCUUCGACGGGGUGCCCGAAUUCAAUGCAUCCCUGCCCCGGCGGCGAGACCCAUCACUGGAAGAGAUUCAGAAGAAACUGGAAGCCGCCGAGGAACGAAGGAAGUACCAGGAAGCUGAGCUGCUGAAGCACCUGGCAGAGAAACGUGAACAUGAGCGGGAGGUGAUCCAAAAAGCCAUCGAGGAAAACAACAACUUCAUCAAGAUGGCCAAGGAGAAACUGGCCCAGAAGAUGGAGUCCAAUAAGGAGAACCGAGAGGCACACCUGGCCGCCAUGUUGGAGCGGCUGCAAGAGAAGGAGCCGCCUGCUGCGCGGUGACGCCAGGGACCCGAUCGGUGGCCUCGUCCCAUGGACAAGCACGCGGAGGAGGUGCGGAAAAACAAGGAGCUGAAGGAAGAGGCCUCCAGGUAAAGCCGGAGGCCGACAGAAGUUUCCAGAACAGCCGGACAGCUCCAGCAGCUGCAGCUCCGAGGCUGCCUCGCCUCGCCCGCCGCCGCCGGCUGCUCACCCAGCACUGGGGUUUGGGGGGAGGGGGGGUGGCCAGGGGCGUUUCCUCUGCUUUUGGUGUUUGUACAUGUAAAGAAUUGAGCGGUGAAGCCAUCCUGUUUGUUUCCGGGGAACAAUGAUGGGGUGGGAGAGGGGAGAGAAGGAGACUGGGGAAGGGAGACGGAGCAGGACUCAGGGACAUUGAGAUCCUUCCCGCCGUGGACUCUGCAGAGUCAGCGUCCAGGCGCCCUGAAGAGCCGCGUUCAACCUGGGCAACGAUGCUUCCUGGUGAAGGGCAGAGCCCGGCAGGAACCUGGUGCCCAGCGUGGCCAAGGGAAGCCCAGCCAGGGGCUGAAGGGGCCAAGCUAUGCUGCCACCUGGACUGGGCAGGCUGAGAGCUGAGCUGUCUGUGUGUUAUCUGUCCACUCCUGAUCAUCACGACCAAGGAAAUCUUUAUCCCGUCUCCAGCGCCUUCUUUCUGGGACCUGUCCUUGGGAGCACUGACAGCAUGUUCUAGAAUUUGCCCGCCAGCCUUCAAAGCCUGGGUUUAAUGCUCAGAGCAGUCACAGAGCUGGGCCAUACGGGUCGACCCGCCCCACCCCUCCCCCCACCCCUCCCCCAGCUUUGGCAUCUGCUUUGGCUUCUUCUUCCUUUUAAAGCAACUUGGUGGGUUGCCUCUUACUGAAUUCAGUGCUCUGGAUCAAUGUCAAAGAAAUCCAACCCUUCUAAUAUGGUCCCCCAGGAAAAGGAAGGACUUUUUCUCACUUUGGGAGUGUGGGCUUGUAAACGAUCACAAAAAGUCAGCCAGGAGAUUACACGCUAGUGACUAGCUGAGUUAGUUCUGUUUCUGUGUCUGGAACCCCGAGCCAUGGCUGAGAAGGGGGUCCCCCUUCUUCCCAAGCUAAGUGAAGGGGAGCAGACUGAACGAACAGGGUCCGGGAAUUUCUCCCACCUUGCCAUGCACAAAGGGCCCUUUUCCGCAGCUUUGUAAAUGCGUUGCUUGGUUUUGCUUUUCCUUUCUUGCCAGUGGCACUGCAGUUUAGAAUCCUUUUCAGAGAGGAGAGAAGGCAUCAGGGAAGACUGUGCCUAUAAAGAUGAUGACGAUCAACGAAGGCUAGCAUGCAGGCAUCACUGACUAGCUAUUUGGCAAUUUUCUGGGCACUUAUUUCUGGGGUUUUGGGAUUUAUUUGCCGCACCCCCACUGUCUUCAAAGCAUCUGUUCUAAGAUUCCCCAGUCAAUGCCCAGAAUCAUGGAGAGUAUUGAUCCCUAUUUGUACUGUCUUUUCCUCUGCAUUUUAAUGAAUUAGUUGUAUUUAGGCACCGUGAUUUACAAAGCUGUUAAUAACAGAGUUUAAGGUAUUUCAUGUUCCAACUCCGUUUCCUCUACAUUCUAAAAGUGAUUCUCAAGUCCUUUAACUUAUCAAUUAGGCACAGCAAGAGCGCAAAAAUACCUCUUAAUAAACUAGAGUAAUUGUAACAAGAUCCUGAAAUAAAAGUGAUGUGAAUGUG